CUACAAUACGGGUAUAAGUACAAGCCCAUCGGAACAGGUAUACAUACCUAGCUACAGCAACUCCACGUCGCAUGAGACACGAGACUCUCAAUUCCAACCUCCCCUCGACUCAUCCACCCAACUAGAUUACGAGUAGAUUACUAUAAACUGUUCCAAUUCGUGUUCCUGUUCUCGUCAAUCUUCUAUUUAGGUUACAGCCCCCCCCUCCCACUUCGUUGCUUGCUUUUGCUUUUGCUUUUGCUUUUCUUUUGGCUGCUCAGCUCACCCACGAGUCACGGCCUGACGUCAAUCCACGACGACGACCACAACACCAACCAACACCACUUCUUCCACCUUCCUUCCACCUUUCCUAUUCCCCUCUCCCUCUUUACUCCUCACCUUCGCCCUCACUCUCACUCUCACUCUCACCCUCACCCUCAAACAAUACCAUCCCCCACAAUCAUGUUCUCCCGCCGUGCCUGUGCAAGCCUGCGCGCCCGAUCCUCUGCUGCCGCCGCGGCCGCCGUCCAUCCACCCGCCCACUCGCGUCCCUUCGCCGCUUUCGCUGCUGCACAGAGCUCCUCACAAACUCCCGCCCUCGCAGACAUCACCCACGAUACCGCCGCAUCCUUCAACAAGCGCCAGAGAGAGUUCCGCGAGGGCCUUGAAGCUGCUCGCAAAAAGAAGGAACAGCAAGAAAAGGAGGCUCGCGAGCGUGAAGCUCAAGAUGGCAAGUCAAAGAAGGGCGGCGCCCUCUCUUCCCUGAUCUACGGCACCCCCGAGGGCCGCGAACUCGACAAGGACAUCGAGAGAAGCUUCUCUCAGGUCCUCGCACGAGGCAAAUACGUCCACUCCAUCGUCUUCCACGAGGUCAAGCCCGACAAGGUCGACGAAUACACGGAGCUUGUUGGCCAAUGGUAUCCCAAGAUGGCCUCCGUGCCUGAAAAUAAGGUCCACCUCGUCGGCAGCUGGAGGACCGAAGUAGGCGAUUGCGAUACUUUUGUUCACAUUUGGGAAUACCAACGGUAUGAAGGCUACCACGAUUCACUACAUGCCAUCCACCACCACCCCGAAUACCCCGAUUUCGAAAGAAAGCUCAAGACACUCAUCACGUCUAAGAAGACGUCCCUGAUGCAGGAGUUCUCCUUCUGGCCGACCACCCCUCCGCGCGAUCUGGGCGGUCUCUUCGAGCUGCGCUCGUACACCCUGCACCCCGGAAACUUGCUCGAAUGGGAGACACACUGGAGGCGAGGCCUCAAGGCACGCCGAGAGGUCAUGGAAGGUGUGGGAGCCUGGUUCGUGCAGAUUGGCGAAUUGAAUACGGUCCAUCACCUUUGGCAGUUCGCAGAUUUGGAGGAGCGCAAGAUCCGCCGAGAGCAGAGCUGGGGCGUGGAGGGCUGGGGAGAGACUGUGCAUAAGACAGUACCUCUGAUUCAGACGAUGAAGAGCAGGAUCUUGGUACCUUGCCCCUGGAGCCCCGUUGCGUAAAGUCCAGUUACAGGAGCGGAAAGGACAUUGAGAAUUCGUGUACUAGCUAGCCUGAAAUAUGGGACCGGGCGGGAAAGCACAAUGGACAAAGUCGGAAGGUGUAGUCAUUUUGCAAUUGGUGAAGGUUGUAGCAUACUAUGGAUUGCUUUGGAAGAGAUAGUCAAUUCCGCAACCGCAGGUGGUCAUUCGUCGAGUACAGAGGCAAGGUCGAAUUGUUACCUAGCAAGAACAAACAUUCUGCCCAUCCAGACACAAAACUUUGCCCGCAGAAAACCAGACUCGUACUACAUUUCCGUCUAUAGUGCACUCAAGACGGACAGAUAUAAGGAGGAGCAACCUUGACAAGAAAUGGGUACCUAAGUAACUAACAAUUGCUUCGAAU